AUGGUUGUGCUAUUAUCUGCUUCUUUGGUUCGAUUACCCAAACAAUUCCCCUGCUUUACUCUCAAUCCAGGUUAUUCCACUGCUCGACAUUACCAUUUCUCAACUGGCUCAACCUCCAUUCAAAUCAUAUUCGCAGACAAAUGGAACUUUUUCAGAUCAAAUGCAUUGGUCAAUUAUCGUUCAUCGAAUGCUAACAAUUACAAGGCAACCCAGUUGUUGCAACGCUGUUCUUGUGUCGCAAUGUGUGCUUCUCAUUCCUCUUUGACGACGUCGUCUUUUGGGUCGUACGAGAAAUUGAAGACGGUGUGGAUGUGGACAAAAAGCAAAGAGGUCAUGACGGCCGCCGUGGAGAGAGGAUGGAAUACCUUCGUUUUCUCAUCCCAGGAUCGACAACUCGCCAAUGAGUGGUCUUCAAUCGCCUUAAUAAGUCCUCUGUAUAUUGAAGAGGGAGGCAUUUUUGAUGGUGAGAAUAGAAGGGUUGCCACAGUUUUUGAGGUUUCAAAUCCACAAGACUUACAGCAGCUCCAACCCGCAAAUGGGCAGGCAGAGAAUGUUGUUAUCAAUUUGCUAGAUUGGCAGGUAAUUCCUGCAGAGAAUAUUGUUGCUGCAUUCCAAGGCUCUCAAAAAACAGUUUUUGCCAUCUCAAAAAAUCAUUCUGAAGCACAAGUCUUCCUUGAGGCCUUGGAGCAAGGUCUGGGUGGAGUUAUUUUAAAAGUUGAGAACACUGAAGCUGUUUUUCAGCUCAAGGACUAUUUUGACAGAAGAAAUGAAUUGAGCAAUCUCAUGAGCUUGACCAAAGCUACUGUAACUCGAGUUCAAGUAGUUGGAAUGGGGGAUCGAGUUUGUGUGGAUCUUUGUAGCCUCAUGAGACCUGGUGAAGGACUUCUGGUAUGCUUUUGUUUUCUCGUCUAUAAUUUGCUCCUCGCAUGACUUAUUAUUUGUUAGAAUUUAUGUUGGCAUAUUCAGUGUCAAAAUUGGGUUAGUUGUAAACCUUUAGUUGUAAAUUAGUUUUAAUUUUGAAGUGUUCUUCAAAAAGUUUCCACUUCGUCACUAAAAUUAUUGUGUUUGAUCUCUUUAUUGCUUUACUUAAUUUUGGUGAUAUUGUGUGUGGUUGAAAUAUUUUGUUGGUUGUGAUUAUGGGAAAACAUGUAUUCACCCCCUUAAGUGUUGUUUGGGGUCG